ACCCAAAAAGCAAAAAUGGGCCUUACAUCAGCCCAUUAUUUGUUUUACUGCAACUGUACUCGCUCGUCCGUCAUCUUCGUCUCAGUGACUCUCCUCCUCUGUCUCUCAGCCAAAACCUCAGAUCGGAAAAUUUCCGAAAACCCUAAGUCUGGGAAAAUGAGAAUCGCCCGUUUCGCUAUUCGUUCCGUUAACGAUGUAACUCUCCUUCGAUCAUUUCGUCCCACCGUAUCUCGAAGCCUCUCGACCAACGCUAACGAAGAUCCAAGACGUAAUCAAUCUUCUUUUGACUCGUCAGACAAUUUCGAAUCGAUGUUUGGCGAUAACACUGGCAACGAUGAGAAGAGCAGUGGUUUCUUCCAGCAUCUCGGUAAGGCCGAGAGAGAUAAGCGCGAUUUCAGUGGCUACAAUAGAUCAGGAGGCGGCGGGUCGAGAUACUCCUCUGGUGGUGGUUCUAUGAACAGAGACGACGAGAGCUUCGAUCCUUCAUCUGAUGGCGUUGAUGGGAAAUUGAAAGAAGCUGCGCUGUUAUACAAUGUGGACGAAGGAGAUGGCUUGAAGGAGUACUCGUUUAGGCCUGAUUUAAACUUUAGAGGCGCUAAUAACUUCCCUAAGAUGCAAAAGCAGUUGCAAAGUCCUAGACAGAAUAAUAACAAGUCUGAGGUAACUACUGCAGAAGUUCUGAAGAAUGCUGAUUUCAGGAAUGUUAAGUUUCUGGCAAACUUCAUCACCGAAGCUGGGAUCAUCAUUAAGAGGAAGCAGACUGGUAUUAGCGCAAAGGCACAAAGGAAGAUUGCUAGAGAGAUCAAAACAGCCCGUGCGUUUGGGCUGAUGCCUUUCACUACAAUGGGUACCAAGGCAUUUCAGUAUGGGAAAACCAUGGAGAACAGAGACCAAGAUUUCGAGUAUGAAGCGCCUUAUGAUGAUGAUGAGUUUGAUGAGGGAAAUGCUUGAAUCCCAAGGAUUGUGUGUUUUGGGGUUAGUUUUCAUUUCCGUGGUUUUUUGGUCAAUAUAUGGAAUAAAUCCGUUGUUACCAUGUUGAGAAUACGUGAUUGGCUGGCUGCAUGCUGAUUUCAGGGCGAGUGUAAUAGCUACUCUUCAGUUUUCACGUUGUUCUCCUCCCCAUACUAAAGGAUUAGGAUUUGUAUCUUAUGCUUCUAGUUUGUUACUUUUGAAUAUCUGAGUGAGACUGAUUGUUUAUCAUUGUGUCUGAUUCAAACAUCACACCGUGUAACAGUAAGAUUACGGUCUCUUUAUUCUAUAAAUCAAGUCGACAGUCGUAAUCAA